UCGCUGAUGUGAAAUGAGUCAAUGACUCACUCAUUGAGUGAUUCGGUCCUUUCUUUGUUCGAGGUGAUAUAUUGCGAUGUUUUCUUUGCAGAGAGACAGCUUCAGCAGAAAGACAUUCAUUUACAAGAGCUGCAGGAACGAUUGAAUGAGUUUGAGCUUCCAUCACAAGCCAACAGUAAUGAAAUGCAUGAAGUCAGACAGAGUCGGGCGGCCGUCGUGGCUCCAGAGCCCGUAGCAGAAGAGCUGGAAAUCCCUGCCAACAGAGUCCAAAAAUCUGCAAGCGAGAGCGCUCAGAUCAUCAAAGCCAUCUCUAGGAAUGAUUUUCUCAGGCGUCUGGAUGAGGAACAGAUCAACAUGAUGGUGGAGCUCAUGACGGUUCUGGACUGCGCUCCCGGUGAUGACAUCAUCACAGAAGGCACAGAGGGAGACAGCAUGUACAUUGUCGCUGAUGGUGAGCUGAGGGUAUUGCAGGCCGGCCGUGACCUCCGAACUUUGACCUCUGGUGAUGUGUUUGGGGAGCUGGCCAUCCUAUACAACUGUAAACGCACAGCAUCUGUCCAAGCUGUCACUGCCGUGAAGUUGUGGUGUAUUGAGAGACAAACAUACAGAAGCAUUAUGACCAACAAAUCCAAGAAGAAACGAGAACAGCUCAUGGGAUUCCUGAAGACAGCUCAAACGUUAAAGGCCCUGAACAAUGUGCAGCUGUCUAAGAUCAUCGACUGCAUGGAGGAGGUGAAGUUUCACGAUAAUGAAGUCAUUGUCCGGGAAGGAACAGAGGGCAAUUCUUUUUAUAUCAUUCUUAAAGGAGAGGUAUCAGUGACGAAGAAAGUGAACGGACAGCAGAAAAGCAUCCGUAAGAUGGGUGAGGGGGAACACUUUGGAGAACUGGCUCUUAUACGAGAGAUCCUCAGGACCGCCACAUGCACAGCUGUGGGAACCGUCACCUGCCUUUCCAUUGAUAAAGAGGUGUUUGAGGAGACCAUUCCUUUCGAGAGUCUGGAACUCCAUGAUGAGCCAGAUCUAAUCGAGGACGUUGAAAAGAUAGAGAAAGUGGGGCUGCAAACAUCUCUGAAGCUGAAAGAUGUGAUUCCUGUGCUGUAUCAGGAGGGCCGCUGUCAAGGAGACCCCGUCACGCUCGGAGUCGGAGGCUUUGGAAGAGUCGAGCUGGUAACAACCCUGCAGCACAGAAAGUACUUUGCCAUGAAGAAGGUCAGUAAAAAGCACAUCGUUGCUAAGAGGCAGGAAUCGCACAUUCUCCUGGAACGCAGAAUUCUUCAGGCGAUCCGAUGUGAUUUUAUCGUCAGACUGCACGCUGGCUUCAAAGACUCGCGAUACAUCUACAUGAUCAUGGAGUUCUGCUCGGGUGGAGAAAUCUGGACCAAGCUUAAGGAAGCGGGUCGAUUUGAAGAGAAUAUAGCCGUGUUUGUGACGGCGUGUGUGGUGGAAGCCUAUGCACACCUUCAUAAGAAAGGGAUCCUGUACCGAGACCUGAAACCAGAAAACCUCAUGCUGGACUCCAAGGGAUAUGUCAAACUGGUUGACUUUGGCUUUGCAAAAGAGCUGUCUCGAGGUGAAAAGACGUAUUCGUUCUGUGGUACUCCAGAGUACAUGUCUCCAGAGAUCAUUCAGAAUCAGGGUCAUGACUUCGCUGCUGACUUCUGGUCGCUUGGUGUUCUGGUCUAUGAGCUUCUUGUGGGCAGCCCACCCUUCUCCAGUUCAGAACCACAGAAGAUCUAUGCUAAGAUUUUGGAUGGUGUGAUGAAUUUUCCUCCAUAUCUGGAAGAAGGUGCCAAAUCUCUCAUCAGUAAACUGUGCAGGCCACGACCUGGACAGCGGCUGGGCAACACGAAAAAUGGCAUCAAAGAUGUGCGACAUCACAGAUGGUUUAACAGCAUCAACUGGCACAAAUUAAGAAUGAGGCAGAUGGAGGCACCAACAAUCAAACUUAUAAGAAAGGGUCCCUGCUACAUAAACUUUGACUGCUUCCCCUAUGAUAAGACCCAAGCCGAGGAGGAAUUUUCAGGAUGGGAUCGGGAUUUCUAAACAAAUGUCAAGCCCUGUCUCACAGCUCUCAUCUGCUGAAUGUUCAAUAAGCUCACUCGUUAAAUUCAAAGUGCUCUUAAAGUGAUACUUCACCCAAAAAUGAAAAUUCUGUCAUCCUUUAUUCACCUUCAAGUUUCUUUGUUUUGAUGAACACAGAAAAAGAUAUUUGGAAGAAUGCUUAUAACCAGACAGAUCUCACUCCCCAUUGACUCCCAUAGUAGGAAAAACUACUUUAUCAUUUUGUUUUGUUCUGUUAAACACAAAAGACGACAUUUUGAAGAAUGUAGGACAGCAAACAGUUCUAGGGCACUUUUGACUACCAAUGUAUUUUUUCCCACUCUGGGAGUCAAUGGGGGACAAAAAAAAAGCAUUCUUCCAAAUAUUUAUACAGAUUUGGAACAAUUCGAAGGUGAGUAAAUGAUGACAGAAUUUUUAUUUUUGGGUGACGUAUCACUUUAAAUCCAUUUUUAUUUUCCCAGAGGUCCGUUUAUGAUGUCACUGGUGGUUUUAUAAUGUUAUUAUAAUGUUAAUACAUUAUUCCACCCACUGUCUGCAACACUGCCAAAUAUAUUUACAAGUGAUUUGGGAUUGAACAGGUAUAGUUUUUAACCUGUACUUUAAACUAUGCAAAUGAGUUGAUAUCAACAGCCAAUCACAGCACUGGAAUGGAAAAACAUGCACAUGCAUCGUUUGUUCUGGAAGGUCAUUGCCGGGGUCACUGACUGGUUAUAAUAUUUAAGAAAUGGUUUUAUGCAUCUCUCGUCUGAGUAGGGGAGAGCAAGACACAACUUUAACACUUUUUGGUUUUGAAAAAAAAAAACCUUUUGAUGAUGAGAUUUACUUGCCUCCAAAACAUUCACGAUAACAUCAAAACUUCCCACAAAUUCACAAGAGACGGUCUUCUGAUUGAGAGAGAGAGAAAAAGACCCAAACUACAUCUCGUUCGACCCAGCUAAAUUUUGUCAAAAUUUAAAUCUUUAGAUCAUAUAUUCCCACUUAAACAAUAAAUGUACAUUCUUCUAGAUCAAUUUAACGCCACGGUUGGGUUAGUUUAUAUUUGAUCCAUUGGUUGAAUCAUCCUAUGAUUUUUAAAGGUACAAUGUGUAAUUGUUUGAAGGAUCUAUUGACAGAAAUGCAAUAAAAUAUCCAUAACUAUGUGUUCAGAGGUGUACUGUAUAAAGAUCUUACAUAA